GGGCGGGCUGCGCGGCGCGGCGCGGCGCGGCGGGGAUGGAGCGGCUGGAGCGGUGCGGGCGCUGGCUGCGGGCCGCGCUGGCGGCCGGGCGGGUGCGGCGCAGGCUGCCCUGGCUGCUGCUCGCCAUCGUCGUCCUCGGGUCCGCCCUCAAGGACGCCGACCUGGUGCCCGAGACGCCCUUGCAGAACAAGCGCAACCCGCUCAACGUAUACUUUGUGAAGGUGGCUUGGGCAUGGACGUUCUGGCUUCUGCUGCCCUUCAUCACAGUCACCACCUACCAGUUUGCCAAGAGCAAGCUCCUGUAUGGUCGCAUGAAGAGCAUUUUGACGGUGCUGCGGCGUCUCAGCGCGCUGCUGGUGGGCACUGCUGUCUGGUAUGUCUGUACCAGAGUCUUCAUGUACAUUGAGAAUCUCACCGGUGCGUGCUCUACCUCGGGUAAAGUCAGCGAGCCUCGCCGGCUGUUCGACAACAAGCAGGAAUGCCACCAGCACAACGGGAUCUGGAAUGGUUUUGAUAUCUCAGGACACUGUUUUCUCCUCUCAUACUGUGCUCUGAUGAUCAUGGAGGAAGUGGCUGUGCUGGAAGGCUUCUCCAUAGACCAGAACUCUAAGCUGCGUGUUGUGAUCAACGCCCUGUUUGUUUCCUUGUGUUUUCUCACCAUGAUCUGGGUGUUCAUGUUUCUCUCUACUGCCCUGUAUUUCCAUGACUUCAGUCAAAAGCUUAUCGGUGCACUGAUAGGUCUGUCGGCUUGGUACGGGACAUACAGAUCUUGGUACUUGAAACCCUUUUCUCCUGGACUACCUCUUCCAAAUAUACCUUUGAGUUCAAAGAAAUAUGGUUAUAGCAGAUAAAAUAAGUUCUAAAACGUUGGGAUUUUGCUUUCAGUACUGGAGUAGUUGAAUGUAGGAAUGGUUACUGUAUUUCCACUGUAAGGAACAAGGUGAUGGGUUGGAGGAAACCAGAUCUGUGCUAGCUGAUGGCUGGCAGGUGAUAAUGAGCUUCUUCCCUGGGAGAAAAAUAACUGGUAUUGGAAGAGGUCUGCUCUUUUUUAGGAGUUGCUGACUGGCAUUCUCAUCAAAGAAAUAAGAAGUUGGAUCUGUUUCUCUUACACAUAAAUGGAGUAGCAGAUCCAAGGCUGGCAGAGGUCUAAGUGUUGCUAAAAUAUCAGUACUCGUCAAAGCAGUAUAUGGCUCCCUUGUGAAACUAGAGCAUCUCAUGUAAUUGUAUGUUAAAUACACUUUGCCACAAAUGCCUCUUAGCUGUCUGCACCUUCUGCAGCAAUGCGAAUACAUCUGAGUUGUAGUGUCUUCAGCAGACUGUGACUUUAAAUUCAUACCUGCCUUUGAAAAGGAAACUCUCAGAAAACAAGCCUUAACUUUCUCCUUAGGUGUAGUACCUGUAAAUAAUACUUCAUCACUUUAUUCAUGACACAAAAAAAAACCCCAAACUCCUUCCCACUUUGCUAGAACAUCUGAUACAAGAAUUGGGGUUUUAAUGUUUUAAUCUUAUGAGUUGCACCCUUUGCAACAACGAGUACUUUGUGGUAUGUUUCUUCUAGAAGAACAGUGAAAUGCUGGUGUUGCAAGUUAGCUUAACCUUCUAAGCUUGGUCUGCUUGGAAAUGAAUGAAACACAUUGUUUAUCCUGCGGGCUGCAAACCAGUGUGCUUGAAGCAACAUUUAUUCUUGCUUAUUCACUGUACCAACAAGCUGCUUAAUUUGAUUGCAUAUAAAGCUGUGGCCACUUUUGAUGUGGCUGGAAACCCACUACUGAAUAAAACACUACUAUUAUAUAAUGAAUAGAUAGGAGAUGGGAUGGGUUUACUCAUAUCAAUCAGACAUUUAGCGUAAUUUUUAUCUUGAAAAGCUUUCUAUUGUCUCAUGAAGGCUUAUUCAUGACUGUGUAAAAGUUGUUUUGACAAGCAAGAUGGCCUGAAAGGGCUCUGGGCAAGGUAGUGCCUGCUGAUCUGAGAGCAGACUUGACCUGUCUGGAGCAUUUGACUCCAAGGUGAUUAUUUUGCUGAAUAUAGGGUAUGAUGCACUGUAGUCUAAUCUUGGUUAUGUUCCGUUUUGCCAUCUCAGCAGCUCUCUUCCAGCAAGAGAGCAACAGCGUUUGCAAUAAAUACAGCAGGGUUAAAUCCAGACUUGUGGUCUGCCUCUGAGGAGAGCCAAAUUCACCCGAAUUGCCACUGAAUUCGGUGGCCAGCAGGAGUUAUUGUGCAUCCUUAGAAGGUACAAAUCGCCUCUCAGAAAGAAGCUGUUUCAGGAGGUUAUGUAUUUUGUGUCAAGCUCUUACUUUUGUUUUUGCAUUUAAUUGCCUUUUAAGCUGACUCUUUGGAAAAUUUGCACUGAUUAACUCAUAUUGGGUUAAAUUAAAUUUGUUUAAACAAUGCAAAUUCAUUUGCAGAUAUUCUUUUGAUGUAAUAUAAGCCUGCUCCCAAUAGAGUUAAUCUAGACCGCGAGCCACUUUCACCAUGAAAAAGGAUUAUAUUCCCAGAAGAUUUUCUGACUUAAGUUUCUGUUGUAGGUUUUCUUUAUGUAAUUUUGCUACAUAGAGAAGGCCUUGGAAAAGGAAAUGCUAUUUAUUUAAACCAAUUGACGUGUUGAAAUUAUGUUCAGUUUCACAGAUGUUUUGUGCAAUCGCUAGAUGGAUACUUCUGUCCACUUCUAACAGUGUCAUAUAAACUUUUUAUUAUGGGAAUAAUGUAGGAGAUGGUUAUUCUCAUUUUUUUUAUUUAAAUAAUGUAAUAAAAAUCACUGUUUGUGUCUUUGAGAA